AUGGCUGAGUCAACAAGAAAGAAGCAGGAUAUUUAUCUUCUAGGCCAGCCUCUAAAAACUGCCAUUCUGGGUAACAAGUUACCAGCAAAAGGUGAAGUGAUGCGUCGCUUUCUGUACAUUCAUUUGUUAGAGAAAAUGACAGUUCGCGAUAGUGAGACUGCUGUUAUAAGAGAGGUAUUUCCAAUAUGGCAACGGGCCAGAAUUUCUACAACUCAAGAAUACAACGCCAUUAAGAAGCUGGAUGAUAUGUUUAAACUGUGGCAAGGAUUAAAGAUACAUUCUAAGAGAAAUCAGAUGCUCAAAGACAUACAAGAAGACAGAAAAUUUUUGCUGGCACAAAGGGAACCGGGACGGCGUGGUUAUAUGAGUGGUAUAGAUAAGAAUCUGGCGCUGAAAGAGGCACGCUCGUAUGAAAGGAAAAGAAGACAGGAGAACUACAAAUUAAAGUCAGUCCAGGCGCAGGAAGAGAUCACUGCCGGUGCAUGUUCAGCUGAAAUAAAGCACAGUUCCAGUGAUUCAUUGUCAGAAAGAGCGGGAGUUGAAAAGCUCUUAUCAGUUCCAAAACUAAAAUCUAGUACAGGGGAGAGACAGGCUACAGCAGUGCACGAAUGCCUCUUAGAAUGGAACCUAGAGGAGUCUGUUAAGGCAUUAGUGUUCGACACUACAGCGAGUAAUAAUGGAAAGAAAAAUGGAGCAUGCACCCUGCUGCAACAAAAAUUAGGACGUAACGUGCUUCACAUAGCUUGCCGUCACCACAUAUCUGAAAUAAUACUUGAGCAUGCGUUUUCUGCAUGCAUGUCGUCUAAUACGUCAGGUCCAGAAAUAGCACUCUUCUUGCGCUUUCGAAAUGAGUUCAACAGCAUUAACCAAGCUGGUUACCAUACAAUUAUGAAUGAUGAAAGCAUGAACAGCAACGUUGAACAACACAAAGAAGGUAUCGUUAGCUUUUGCCUAACGCAACUUGAACAAUUUCAGCCAAGAUGCGAUUACAGGGAACUACUGAAGCUUUCACUUAUUUUGCUGGGAGAGACACCGCCAAGGGGAGUCAGAGUUCUGCAACCUGGAGCUCUGCAUAGGGCACGCUGGAUGGCGAGACUAAUAUACGUUUUUAAAUUGUACAUGUAUCGUCAUCAGUUUCUGCUGACAAGAGUUGAAGAAAAAGGAAUCUGUCGCUUCAUCGUUUUUGGCAUCUCUGUGUAUCUUAGAUCAAGGUUCACGGCUCCAGAUCUUCUUAGUGCUGCUAGACAUGAUCUCCUGCUGGUAAAGAGAAUCCAACAAUUCAGAGAUGUAGACUGUGAAGUUUCUGUUGCCACUGCAAACGCACUUUCUAGACAUCUAUGGUAUGUUAGCGAGGAACUUGUUGGAGCUGUGUUUUUCGAUGAUCAGAUUUCUCAUGAGGAGAAAGUGUUGAUGGUUGAUGCACUGUCAGUGGAAUCAAAAACAACCAACGACUUCACCAAAAGAUUGCAGAUGAAUAUUAAUGACAUAUCUGAUGAAAUGUCUGUCAAAGACUUUGUGUCUUCGAACACCAUGUAA